UUGAUAUCAAUAUGGCGGUUGUCAGCCAGACAAAGACAGUCAGUCUGAUGUGAUUGAGACAAGGGAGGUUUUGAGGGGGAGACUGGGAGAUAGGGGCCUCCCCUCCCCCUUCUCCUCUUCCUGCGCCGGCCUCCACCCCUCCCCAGUCCCCUCCCGACGGGCGCCCCACGCGGAAGACACCCCUCCCCCUCCCGCUUUCCCUCCUCCCUACCUCAGCCCUUCGUACUGGGACGUUGGGGAGGGGGCUGUGCCGGGCGGAGAGAACUCAGCAAGGAUUCUGAGAUCCUGUGAGGCAGCAGGUGAUGAUGGUUGAAGUAGUUGGGUACCUGUCACCCACGUGGGAGAUCUGAAUUGAGUUCCCAGCUUUAGCCUUGCCCAGUUCCGGCCAUUAUGGACAUUUGAGUGAGCAAGAAGAUAGGAGUGCACUCUCUCUCUCUCUGCUUAUGCUCUGGACUCCUUUUGGUGACUUUGCUUCCUCGCCAUCUGAUUUUAUUUGAUGAUUGCUCAGGCAGUGUCCAGACAAUAUAAAAUGAAAAAUCACAUUGAUCAUCUCUGGAAAGGAUAUUGAUCCGCCUCAUGUGAAGUAUGCUCAGUUCUUUUCCGGUGGUUUUGCUGGAAACCAUGUCUCACUAUACAGAUGAACCCAGAUUUACCAUAGAGCAGAUAGAUCUGCUUCAGCGCCUUCGGCGUACUGGAAUGACUAAACAUGAAAUUCUCCAUGCUUUGGAAACUUUAGACCGUCUUGAUCAAGAGCAUAGUGACAAGUUUGGAAGAAGGUCCAGCUAUGGAGGAAGUACAUAUGGCAACAGUACCAACAACGUUCCAGCAUCUUCUUCUACAGCUACAGCUUCCACACAGACUCAGCAUUCGGGAAUGUCCCCUUCACCCAGCAACAGUUAUGAUACCUCCCCUCAGCCUUGUACUACCAAUCAAAAUGGGAGGGAGAAUAAUGAGCGAUUGUCCACAUCCAAUGGAAAGAUGUCACCAACUCGCUACCAUGCAAACAGCAUGGGUCAGAGGUCAUACAGUUUUGAAGCCUCAGAAGAGGACCUAGAUGUAGAUGAUAAAGUAGAGGAGUUAAUGAGGAGGGACAGCAGUGUGAUAAAAGAGGAAAUCAAAGCCUUUCUUGCCAAUCGGAGGAUUUCCCAAGCAGUUGUUGCACAGGUAACAGGUAUCAGUCAGAGCCGGAUCUCUCAUUGGCUGUUGCAGCAAGGAUCAGACCUGAGUGAACAAAAGAAAAGAGCAUUUUACCGAUGGUAUCAGCUGGAGAAGACAAACCCUGGGGCUACACUCAGUAUGAGACCAGCCCCCAUUCCAAUAGAGGACCCUGAAUGGAGACAAACUCCUCCCCCAGUCUCUGCCACUUCUGGUACUUUCCGACUACGACGAGGGAGUCGAUUUACCUGGAGAAAGGAGUGCCUGGCUGUCAUGGAAAGUUACUUCAAUGAGAAUCAAUACCCAGAUGAAGCAAAGAGAGAAGAAAUUGCAAAUGCUUGCAAUGCAGUUAUACAGAAGCCAGGCAAAAAGCUGUCAGAUCUGGAAAGAGUUACCUCCCUGAAAGUAUAUAAUUGGUUUGCUAACAGGCGGAAGGAAAUCAAGAGGAGAGCCAAUAUCGAAGCAGCAAUCCUGGAGAGUCAUGGGAUCGAUGUACAGAGUCCAGGAGGCCAUUCCAACAGUGAUGAUGUUGAUGGGAAUGACUACUCUGAACAGGAUGACAGCACGAGCCAUAGUGACCACCAAGACCCCAUCUCAUUAGCUGUGGAAAUGGCAGCAGUCAACCACACUAUCUUGGCAUUGGCCCGACAAGGAGCCAACGAAAUCAAGACAGAGGCCCUGGAUGAUGACUGAUCAGGGAAGGUUAAACACGCCAAGUAAACUUAGUUUAGACGUAGCACCUUAGCAGACUUUCCUCGGUCCUUAACAUGUGUUCUUACAGUAUAACUUGCAGUUUCUUGUAUGUCAGGUAGCCGUUAGGGUCUUGUUCUGUGAAGAUGGCAUGGUGCCCUCAGCCUUUGCAUAUACUCUCUCAGUAUUAAAUCCCAAUAAAUAAUAACUACCAACCAACCAAACUUCCCUCUCCCUGCCCCCAAGGCUAGAAAAUCUUGCUGCUCCGUCUUAGCAUUCCAAAAAAGUGCUUCCAGGUAUUUAGAUAGCCCUCAGUUCUCAACUAUUAGGCUGUGUGUAAAAUCUUGGGUACCUUUAGAUUCAUGUAACACUAUUCCCAUACCACCUUUUCCUUCCCCAAGACUGAUAGGAUGUAAGCUGAGGUAGUGGCACAGGAUUGACAGACACCUUUCGGGAGUAUCCACAGAGUAAAAAGAACACUAGAAUCUCCACCUCAGCACGAGAAUCAUUGAUUUCCAGCUGCGAUAAGCCGUGCCUCAUUAUAGUCACACCGUGGCUAGAUUAUACUUUGGGUGCUGUGCUAAGAAUGUCAACGAAAAAAAUCAGUCUCAGAUUCUGGUUGAUGUUAACAUGCCUGACACAGACAUCCUUUCCUCUCACAAGCUGUGUGACUUAGUAGAUAAAAUACUGCCUUCUGCCUUUAGGGACCAUGAUUAAAAACAAAAGACAAAAAACAAAGUCAUUUAAAGGAAAAACUCAGCUUGAGAACAUUGGGAAAACAUCCGAGCUGAAUGUUUUAAUAUAUGCCCAGUUCUCAGAACCACUGUACAUUCCGCAGCACAGUUAUCAGUGCCUGCCUGGAAAAGUGCUGGAGGUUAUCAUGGACCUUGCUUGGCCUCCUGUCAGUGUCCCCUUUCCCUGCCACCAAAAAAGUCUUUCAAGCAUGGAGCGAAGGUCAAAACAGUAAAAGAACAUGGUUUUUGUAUCCAUUAACUGAAGCUCCCUUAAUCUAAGAGGUUGAUAGAGGGCUUUGUAGUGGAAUUAUACUAUCACAGAUGUAAACAUUUGGCUAUAUAGGAGCAGAAGAAAAGUAGGGGGUGCGAGAUACUAGGGGAAUGUGACUGCUUUGGUGUUCUCUUUUACUCUGUCCUUGUAGAGAUGUGAAAAGCUAUAUUGCUACAGGCAAUUUAUUUAAUAAUUGGAAGCCAUAUUGAUAAUGGAUGUGGUAAUAUUUGUAAAGUUUAAUCUACUUUAAGCGGCAGUAAGUAAUGGAAUUUUUUUCCUUGAUCACAUAUGUAGCACUUUUGUUACUUUUUAAAGAUAUUUAUAUUUGAUAAAUCUUUUUUUCAUUUUGAGAACUCAAAAAUACCAAACAGUGAACUUGCGUUAUAAAGUCACCCUGUGAUCACCUUGUCAUCUAGUAGCAAAAUGAUGAACUAUUCAUGCAUCAAAGAAAAUUACAUCUGCUGGCCUUGUAUGAAAAUGAUCUCUUGGCAUCCUGAUUAAAUGACACCCUGUCACUGUGGGUAAGGGGAAACAGCCUUCAAUGUAGCAGCAUUGGGUGCAUCUGUAUAUUUUCUGCCUCAUUCCAUCUCUCCUUUAUAUGUAUAAUGAAGCCUUGCUUAAAGUGGAACAUAGGGCAGGGCUUCUGUCUUUUUGUCCAUUACCCGACAAGAAUUUCUAAGAUAAAAGGAAGAUGCUAUUUCCUUACCUCUUCACCCCUUCUCCCUCACCAAAUGUAUUCAGCCUAAAACUAUUGAGCGAAAGAGACUUAAUGACAUCUUCUGCAUUUUCCCCCUCAUUCAGGAAAUACUGAAUACCCUCCAGUUUUUAGCUGGUCUUAUCCCACUUAAGGCACACAAUGACUAGGAUCAUCUAAGGUGUAAGUCCUGCUUAUGUAAGUGUGAGGAAGAACCUUUGGGAGGGCAUAGGAGCACUUGUCUGUGUCUGGGACUUUACAGAGCCAUUGCCACUGCCUGUCCUGCUUUUGCCCACAGACGUCAGGGAUGGGGGUGGGGGGCACAGGGAGUAGAAAUGUACUUUCUGUAGCUUCCAAGAUUUGAAGUAAAAUGGGGCAGUCUUCUCUUACUUUACUGUAUUGCUUGAACCAACAAAUUCAUGAGUAGCAUUUGUUAAUCUCAGGAAUGAUUCUCUCCCACCCCCAUUCAUAUCAUUUCUUGUUUCAUUUGACUUUUUACUUCACUUACAAAAUUGUGUUGUUUCCUUUUAUUUUGCUAAGAAGUUUAACAUACUGAUCUCUCCAUUUUGGUGGAAUUUUGUCUGCUUAUUCUCAGUUGAAUCAGGAAGAAAAAAAGGAGAGAAAAAAAUAUACUCUGUGACAAGCCACAUCCAUGAUUUAUUGUAAAGAGAUUAUUAUAAUUGAUAGCUUCUUUAUGAUGGGAUUGCUAGUAUCAUUUGUUCUUGCUGGUUUUUUUAAAGGAACAGACUCAAACUGUUGAGACAGCUGCAGUUUCUAAAGAAAUAUAAUGAUUGCCACAGAAAAGCUAAAAGGUUUUGUUGUUUUAAGACCUUUACAGAACAAAAUAGGCUUCAGAGAAUGAAGGGGAGUUGGCAUCCUUGGGGGCAGUACCAGGCCCUCCCUGGCAAUGAAAUAAACCUGAAAGGAUACUGCUACAAUCAUGAAGAAUAGCAUCAUAUUGAGUUCAGUAGAAAUAGGAGGACAGAAUCUUUUCACCCAUAAUUCUCCUUGUAAUUGGAGAAAAUGGCUGGCCUGCUCUUAAGGCCCCACUGCCUUACAAAGAACUUGACUUUUUCAUCAAGGAAGAGAAUUUACUUCCUUGGGAUCAAGAUAUAAAUCUACCAUCAGUUUCCUGUUUUUCACCAGGUUCAAUGCUACUAUCUUGUCCAGACUUUCUUUGCUGUCAUAAGGGCAUAUAGAGCUGCCACUGAUUGACUUCUAAUAUCUUUGGACGGCAAAUCUCUCAGACUGUUUCAGGUUUUAGAGGUGGUAUUGACAACAGAUACUCUAAGCUGGUCUAUUCCUGGGGAGGAGAAUAGGCAGCUUUUAAAAAAAAAAAAAUGUGCUCUGUGCUGUUUGGUUGCUCUGUCCCUCUUCUCUCACCUCAUAUGCUUUUUCAGGCCCCAGAGGACUCCUUUAAGGGCUUAAAGACGGAAAAAUAUAGGGUGGGGGCAACCUUGCCAACAAGUAUUCCUGUAAUUUGUUAUUUUUUAAAAGACACUUUAACAGAAUUACUGUGGUUAGACGGGUACCCCUCCCACCCUUCUUAAAAUACCUUACAUAGGGAUCUUUUAAAAUGGAUCAUCUUAAUGAGAUUUCUGCCUACCUGUUGAUAACUUUCACAUCAGAUGAAAGCCAGGGGAUGGCACACAAUACACUCUGAGACAUUCUAGUACCAUUCAGUACCAAACAGACAUUGUAAUUUCAUCAAACCUUAUAAUAUUAGAGUACCACAUAAGGAAUUGUCUUCACCGUCUCGUCUUUUAAGUGUAUCUUCACAGAAAUAGGAAGGCAUAGAGCUCCCUUUAAGGCACUUUAUACCCCAGCUUAAUAGUGGUGACCCCCUAAAAUGCCAUGAGUGAGGAAGCAGCGCAUUAGUACUGAAGUAUGCCUAUCCAGGUACUCUAGCUCCUGAUAGUUAUGAUUCAACACCACUUAUGUUACAACCAGAUAUCCAGAUAUAUUUUUACCUCAAAUGAUAACUCAUGAAGAGAUCACUGAUAGUUUUUCGUAUUUAGCCUAUGUCUUUAGGAGAUACUGAUGUUAGAAAUUUCCCUCUUGCAUACAAUCAUCAAACAAAAUUGCAGCAAACAUGGACUCUUAUUUAAUCAGAAAUCUCUAGUCACAUCCUUUCUAUCUAUGAACAAUCCCUCUUCCACUUUCCUCUCUGAUCCACCACUAAGUUCCGAUCUAGAGUUAAUUUGUUUGCUGUGAUUUUUUAUCUUCUGACAGCAGGCAAAGCAGGUGGUAUAGUCCCAUCUCUGAACACAAUCCAUCCUGUGUUGACCAGCUUCAUAUUCCACUGAUCACUUACAUUAUGUCUGCCCAAAGCAGUAGGAAAAAAAUCAGCUUUCCACAAAUGAUCUCCCACCCCAUCCUAAAAAUGUGAACUGCAAGUCCUUACUCUCUCUGGUCUUAAGAAGCAGUCUUCCCAUUCACGGCUCUGCCUUCUACGAUUGCUUUUAUCUUUCAUUGUAUGGAGAACAACCACAGUAUUUUUCCCCAGGAGUCUCAAAAGAUUCUUAGGCAAUAAUUUUUCUUAUCAUUGACGAGCUUGUGCUCAGUCUAUGUUGAUUAGUACUGACCUUCUACAUUGUAUGCUGGUUUCUGUGUUAAUCUUUGUGAUUUAAAUCUUACGAGUGGUGAUAUUUUGUCAUGUUUUUGUUUUUAUGAUUAUUGGUAAUGUUUAACUACUGUAUUCAUUGGGGCUGCAUUGAGACCAGCCAAAUUCAUUAAUAGCUUUACUGAGCCAGAUUUACUUGUCAAGAUUUCCCAAGUGAAAGUUGGGCAUGUUGACCAGCUCCCACUGGUGGUAUCUUUUGAGGGAAAGGGGUGGGAGGAUGCACUGGGGCAGGGGUGGGAAUUAUACAUAUAAAGCAUUCCUUGUUUUAUGUGCUCUUUAAAUAGCAAAGAUGUUUACUCAGGAUUUGGGGAUCAGUUGUCAGCCAUAUUGAAUUUGGCAAACAGAGCUGCAUGCCCUGAAAACCCUCCUACUGUUUCUUCAUUUCCAUGUUGUCUAACAGUACCUAGGAAUUCCUGAGUUAUCUAGUUAUCCAGUGUAAAGGUAUUGCACCCUAAUGAGGGUGGAAGACUCUCCCAGGGAGGCAACUAAGAAUGGCCUGGUUAUCUCUGAGGAUUUCAUGGUAGCAUGCUGUCAAAGCAGAGGCACUCCCCCCCCUUUUUUUUUUGUAAUGUGGUUUCCUUUGUUAUUACACACUCUUGGUUUCAAUGAUGACUAUGAAAGAAAAAAAGAUUCCUAAUCACUCUCAAGAGAACUGACAUGCUAAAGAGGUAAGAGAGUCUUUUUAGAUACAUGAAACCAACAAGUCAGUUUUAUAUCACAGAAACUCUUCUCUCAUAAACAGGUUAGGUUUUGAAAGGCUAUUCAUAUUCUCUUUACUUGUAAGUUGACAGUGAUAAGCUACUGUUCUUGACAUCUUUCAGGGCUGAUGGUUAGCUCACAUAUCUCUGAACUGCAAUUUUGUUUGUAUCUAUGUACAAACAUUGGUAGUUUGUAAGUUGGGAAGUUUCCAUGUUAGUUUCAUUUCUCCCACUUGAUAGCAAUGAGAAAUAGCAAAAAGGAAUCUAAGGAUCUAAGAAAUCCAGGUUCUUGUAACAAUGCGUUCUUUUUGUAAUUGGGAGAAAAAGAUACAGCAGAGAAGAUAAUGUGAGAAAAUUGGGCUACGCCCUGUUUAUCUUCUUUGACAUAGUAGAUGCCUUGGAUUACAAAUGUGGGUAUCCCUGAACCUCUUUUUCAUCAUUCUUAGUACGAUAUUUUGGGCAGACCAAAUUCUAAUUUAUUCCAUUCAAGUGAAAUCUGCUAAGUGCUUUUAUACCAUUAGAUGGUUUACCAUGCACGUGCCACAUCCCUCAUCUCACUAGCCACUCUCUUAACACACAUCUUUAAGGGAAUGUGGCCACUCUCCUGAUACCAUUUUUACAUGACAAGUUUUCAGGUUGGUUUGCUCCAGUCUGGACAGCAGUAUCUGAACUUAUUUAGCUGCCCUCCAGUUGGUGCCUGAGCACCUCUGUAUAGCCAGUGUGUGGGUAGCACUCAGCUCAGCACACACUCCAAUCUUGGAAUGCCAGCUCUCUUGACUCCAUUUUCAUAUUCUAUCUCUUUUAAAUAAGAGUGGCUCAAUACAGCCAUAAUUAACUCUCAAAUUCACAUUGGUGUGCUGUGAUCAAAUGAAGGUUUGGCUGAAUCUUUUCAAAUUGUAACCAUGGUAAUUGAGGGGGGUGGCAUAGAAUGAAUAUAUAAAAAUAUAAUGGCAAUUGUUCUGAAUGACUGAGUGUCCUCCUGACAUGUAAUUAGCUGUUUUAGCAGGAUGUGGAUUGGCAUGGUCAUAAUUAAAAGGAUUUCUGUCCUUUAUGUGAUUGAAAAUAGCAGCACUCCCGUCCCCUGUUCCCUUUUAGCACUAAUGCUCCCAAGAACAUUUGGAACAGCAACUCAGUAAACUAAAAUAAUGACAUGGUAUUCAUGUUCUUCCCUGAGUGCAAGAAAAGGAUUUAGAGUUAUUUCAGCUUCAAAAUGGAAGCCUUAGAUUAUUGCUUCCCAUCUGACUUCUAAAUUUUUGGAAACCUUAAUUUCAGCCUGCUCCACCUUUGGCAGGAACCAAUUCAGAAUUCCAGAGUCAACCUCUGACAAGACUUCCAGAUCACUCCAUCUGACUUGCCAGUCAGUGAGGGUGUGUGGUUGGCCCAACUCGCAGACAUUUGCUGCUUACUGAGCUCCCUUGAGUUUCCAUAUUUUUACUGGGUUACUUGAUAUGUCCAUUGCCAUCAUCAUCAGAAAUUAUUGACCAAGCAGCAGUUUACUAAGAGUUGAAUAGGGUGUUCCUCAUUAAACUGUAAGAUCCAGAGCAGACAAUGUGACAGGAGCACACAGGCUCUCAAUACCUCUGUGACAUGAAUGGAAAACUCUAUUCUGCACUGUUCUAAAGUUACUGGAGCAAUAGGACACACAUAUGAGUCUGCCUUAACUUUUCUCACAUCACUCUUACAGAGCAAUUACCAACCUCUUCACAUCAGCUAUCUUCUUUUCCUAGCCCUGAUUUUGCCAUGUUCUGCUGUGUCAGAACCUCCUAAGUUGUUCUCUCCCUUCCCUAUUUCCCCCCUUCACUUCUGUGACCCUGUGCCAUUGGCUGUCAUGUGGCUUUGAGACUCCACAUGGUUUCUGACCCCUCUCAUCCAGCGUAUCUUCUUAUCCUUAUCAUAUUGCAUAAGAGCUGCUGAAUCACUAGCCUCCUUCUGGAUAUGACUGUUUGGUUAUCUGUUUUCACCCCAUCACUAGUAGAGUUUUAAUUUAGCUUUGUGGUCAGGAGUGACUCUGCAAGAAUAUUAGCACCCAACACAGCUGCCAAGCGGCCUUUCACAGCUGUGCCAUGCCCAUGAGCCUCAUGGCUAUGCCCAGUAUGCCUACAUCCUUGAGCACUUCCCCCACCCCCUCCUCAGGCCAGGAUACUUCAGGAUUGGUUAGUAGCCACUAAAGAUAAUACAGGUCUGUUUUUCUUCUUUGUAUUUUGCUGCUUCCUCUUAAAGAAAUCCCCACAUAUCAGAAGUACUCCUAACCUAGAUGAAGUCCUCGGUACAGUUCAGUCUCCUGAGAACACUGAGGUUGGCUGCUUGUUUACAAUUGUCUUCUCCCCUUACCCCAGAUACACACAGAAUUUACCAUAAGGUUCUACUGCCUUAGGAUUCUUUGUUUUAUUUGUGUUCCUUCCACAAUGCCUACAUUGAAAUGUAUGGUAGUGGUUUGGCUCGUUCAGGAAAAAAAAAAAAUCCUAUAAGAGGUUUGUACUGGGUGCUUUGCCUCCUGUAAGAACUAAAAUCAACCUCAUGUUCACCCACUCCUUGUACUCCUACCGCCACUGAAACUGCUUCCUUUGGGAUCCUAUCAGUCUUUAUAACAACUGCAAUGACCCUGAAUUUAUGACCUGAAUAGUAAAGCACUCCUCUUAUUUUCUCAGCUGCUGAAAGAUAAGACAAAUUCUAAGGAAGAUGGUUAAGAUUAGAAUUUCAGAGAACUGAGUACAUGAGUCUAAUUCUGUGAUUUGUGAGACAUGCAUUAAAUAGCCAACAGAAGAUUCUGAUUAUCUGCCCACAUUAAAAGAAAACAGAACUAGCACUGUAGUUAAAGCCUUCUAACAUAAUCUGCUAGCGCAGGGAUCACAGUAGUGGCUUUGCUGUCGUAGGGGCCAGGCUACUGACAAAGUGAAGCUGGACAGGCAUUUCUUCUCUGAAUGUUUACAGAGACCACUUUGAUUUCAAAAAUCCCUAACCUAACUAAAAAACAAAACCGAAAACCUACUUACCAAAAGUAGUGAAGUUAUAGGUAGUACUUAAGAAAUACUUUCGGAAGAAAACAGCAGCAGUCAAUCACUCCUGAAAGAAUCUGAAGCAAAGAUACCAGCGUUCAGUCGUGCUGCAAGAGACACACACACACAGCCCUCUGGAGCUCUCCGAGCCUAAGGUCGCAGGUGACAUUUAUGAAGCUUGUACCCCGCUGGGCACCGUGCACGAGCCCUCCCCUGAACAGCGCCACUUCAGCUGCAGCACACUGGCGGCUGCUUUCAUCUUACGAGGAUGUUAAUCCGAGCACAGGCCACACGAGGCCAAAGUCACCGACUAGUAACCGGUUUUAUUUUCUCAAGGGAUGGCACUGGAUAACCCCACAGAUACACUGUCGCGUUGCCGUCAUCUCAGUGACCUGAAUUCCCACUGAAACUGGACAAACUAUGAUGAGGACCUAGACACCACAACCUGGACUUCUUCCAUAGCACUGCCCUUAGGUCUUCUUUCAUGGUCAGCAAUGGUGACAGAAACAGUCUCUGUAGCUGUGUUGGGAAGUGGAAAAAAUAUAUGUGGCUGUCUUAUCUCUGAGUGCCACAGGGAGCUGGGAUUUGUGGGUAGUUAGUGAAGACAGAAUCUGAACAUCGCUCACACUUGCCAUCUUCCCUCUGGCUCUUGUAGCACUUCCUUAGAGCCUGUUACUACUAGGCAUCCUGCUGUGUUUAGAGGUGUGCUCAGCCAGCCCAUGCAUCCUGCCCUUCCCUCUACCACAGCCACAUUCAGAGGGCACAGGCAUUGUAGAAAUCACCGUUUCUUCAUAUCGUCCUAGCGUCUGCACUGCCUCAGGCACUCCCUAGCUCCCCGUGAGCUUUAACUGGCAAGUAGCAGUUGCAUGGAGACAAGUCCAGGUUAGAGCUCAGGCCAAGAAUCCAGCAAAGGGGCGAGCUCUCUUGGGAUACAGACCUGUUUCCUGUCCUGCCAUGGUUCAUGUGGAGGCUCAGUGAUGGUUGCUUGGGGAUGCUGAACAAGGGACACCAGCUACAAGUGGCCCUGAGGACUCAGCUAGCUAACUAAAGUUCUGUGUUUCUCCCCUUCCCCACUUUCUAGCUCUUUCCCUCAAAAAUAGGUCUCUAGAAGUCAGGUCCAUCAUUGUCUGUCUCUCCUGAUCUGCUGUCAUGUCAUAGGCAUCCUUGAAGCCCAAGAGGAUGAAAAACACCUCAGAACAGAUUACAGCUGUAGAGUGGUUGAGUGUCAGGUUGACUGUUUGGGUUGAUGGUCCCCAUAACAACACAUUGUAUAUUUGCUGGCUAACAGAGUUUUUAUUAUCUAACCCCCUCCCAUAAAAGAACCACCUAUUUGAAGGAGAAAAUGUAUGUGUGCCUUCCACUUUGGUAAUAGUCCAUAUUUUGCAUCUCUGGUGGCGAUUGGAGUACCACCGAAAUGUGGAACGUGGAUACUGUCUGAUUCCUCCUUAGGAAGGAAGAAUGUCACACACUGGUAUUGUGGCAGAGACAGUCUCAGAACUAGUGUUUCAUGGUUUGUUACUUCCUUCAGUACAUUUUCAACAUCCCAUCACUUUGGAGUCAAGUCUAAAUUUCAGUCUUGUUUUGUGGCUUCCUAUAAGCAUGGAAAUUUUUUUUUUUUUUUUUUUUUUUUGCGCUUUACUGGAACUAAGAACCUAGCAUAAACUUGUGAAGGAUCAUUUUUCACUUCAUCAUUCACUGAAGCUAUUAAACUGGAAAACAAAAUAUUAGUGCUGUAUUCAUGUAAACAGCAGCCACUCUGGUGCUGUUACAUUGAACUCUUUUGUGUUUAUGCCGGAUUCCGGGGGGCAGGAGCAAGUGCACACAUCAGUAGCGCGGGCUGAAUGAAGGUGAGCGAGAGCUCCUGUGCGCACUGCUUUCGAGAAGCAUUACUGUUCUUUGCCUUGAAACCACAUUUCACUACAUUAGAAUCCCUGAAUUCCUUAAUUGUUUCUCUGAAAAUUGGCACCGCAAAACCAAAACCAGAGUCCUUCAGGAUGGGGUGGUAAUGCUUUUUCUUUCCAAGCAUGGGAAGCUCUGGCAGGCCUUGUCCUCAUGUCCUUUGGUUUUGCCAGACCCCCACCCUCAGAAGGGCCUUUCUUCCUACUGGUUUCUUGACAUUGAUCCUAGAGAGCAAUUCAGUGUGGCCUGAGCCUUCCCAGGCCCUGUGGCAGGCACCCAGAGCAGCCCGAGCGGCUUCCCCAACCUUCACUGGCCCAGGCCAUCUCUUCCAUGGCUUCAGCAUGGACGUGGAGAGGCUUAGCUGAGCCAGGGUCCCUGCACCCUGAUUUAUCACAUACAGCACUGGCUUCACACGUACCCUGGCUGCGAAGUAGGCUGCCCUCCCUGCCAGAAGAUGCCAAGAGCAUUGUAGUUGCCUCCCCUGGAAGAGCCCACAGCCUUCUCUUGAUUUCCCCUUGGGCUCACCCUUCCACACCAUGGUCAUGUUGGGUAUGCAGUACCUUUCCAGGAUAAAUUCUUAUUUAUGUUUAAGUGCCUAAGCAAGUUAAGACCUCUGGAAUCCACCAGAGAUCGGCCUGUGCCCUGUCCCCUGUCCUUCCCCACCCUGCACUUGGCACUGGGGAUGAGCACAGGGUGGCUGCCCCUCUCCAGUGUCCCUGGCGUUCUGCAGGCAGAACAACUUCAAGGGCAAGCAAGUGGGAGAGAUCUCUUCAUGGCCACAUAAGGCUGGCUUUGUCACUGUUUCUUGUGUUUCUAGGGGUGUUUCUGUUGGUAUGGUCAUAGUCUGGGUUCAUAGGGAAUUGAAGGAGUCUGCUUAGCAAAGUCUCAGUCUGAGUGAAGAUGACAGGAGAACAAGAGCUCAGUAGAAUUCUGUGUCUGUAACAGGCAAAAGGCAAAGUGUCAAAUAAUCAUAGUUGAUAAACCUGCUGACUCAUUUAUGAUGAGUCACUGGACUCUGGCUGCCUCGUGUCCUCUUCCUAGGUUAGAGGGAUCAGGGUGUCCACUCACAAUGACUUGGAAAGGCUGCCAUUGGGAGAGCAAGAACAAACAUGCUUCUUUGAAGAUGAGUGUGAGAUUGUUUGCUUCUUUUUAAAAGUAAUUUAAGUCUGACCUAAAUAUGGGGCCUUUCCUGUGUGGUGGGUGUAUAACAGGUUUAUUUUGAAACUGCACUCUGUUCAGAUCUCAUCACCAAAUAGCAUUCAGAUUUGCCAGUACAUUAAAAGGUUUUGUAAAAUGGAACAAUCCAUGCCCAGGCACUUUAUUUUCACUAAUAAUCUAGCGUUUUUGUUCAGACAAUGUAAUAAGCCAAGCACUGGGCAUUCACGCUGGACAUGUGUAGGCACAUUUGCUAGUGGAAUUCUGACUGGGAUAGAGAAGAGAAGGUGGUUGAUGAAGGUGAUCGAAUGGGAAAAUAUUGCUGUGGCAAGAAUGAAAAUAAGGCUUUUCUGGAGCAGAUAAACCAAACUGGGCUCUGGCGGUGUGCUGUCACUCAGUCCUCCAGAUGCUGUUUUUCACAGGUUCUACCGAGUGCUCGUCAGUUACCCUGGCUGUAACUGAGAACGGUGAAUGUAAGUGAGAGUGCAACGAGCCGGGGAGGACAGCAGUGAAAUGCAAUUAGAGGCAGCAGGAGAAUCCCAGCUUCUUUUCACUUAGCUGGACUUGAACACUCUAGCAAAAGCAGAGUGCUGGGGAGUGAUUUCCACUUCCAAACAAUGUGCAGCUUUGUUUUACUGUCCAUUAUAGGGGUGGGAACAAGCUGGCACAGCAAGUUACGAAGCAUGUUUAACAGGCGUAAUUUGAUCAGAUACAUGGACCAGAUGCCUGGGGAUUGCCUAGAAGUAUUUAGCAUCCACCAAAUAGUCGAGUAGCUAAGAUGGGCUGUGCGGGAUCCCUGCCAGAUUGGGGGGAGCAGGAGUGGGGCAGAACCCCCCUCCCUGUCUUGGCCAUUGUGUGUCUCAGUCUUUGUCUUUUCCUUUGGCGUCUCCUCUGGUCUGUCCCCAUCUUGUGCACCAUGUGUCCCUGAGGGUGAGUCACACCUGUGUCUGAGUCUGCUGUAAGGUGUUCAGUCUACCUCAAGGGGUCAUCAUGGUGAACUCUGUCCACAUGGAAUCCUUCUUACAUUGCCACACACACUGGAAUGUAGAUCUUCCUCUGCCCCACCCCCAAUAACCUCCUGACCCCAUCUUUCCUGUAAUCACCACAAACUCCUAGUGCAAAUUGGAUGCUGCUUUAAAUGUGAAAACAAUUGUUCAAAAGCUAUAAAAACCUGAAUGAAAGCUAAAGCUGAAUUUAUAAGCCUUGUUGCAUAUGAGCCAAAAGUGCAAAAAGCUCUAUAUAAUGAACUAACCUGCCACUCGUAUAAAUAUAAAUAUAUAUAAAUAUAUUAAAAUCAGACUGUUCUACAAAAUUGUGUAUUUGUAUUUUUGUGUACGUACAAUUUUCUGCUAAGCAGAAGGAGGAUGUAGUAUAGGAUGCUGUGAGAAGAGAUUUGGUUUAAUCCUAUUUCUUUGUUACUUAUUUUUGUUAACAUCAGAUGCCUGUCUUCGUCUUACAUGUGUUUGACACUGUUUGGAAAGCUGCAGUAUCUCUCUUCCUUAGGUCCAGAGGCCAUUAAAGAAUGAAAUCCGGGGUCUAGAGGGCUAACUUGUCCACCCAGCAGGGGUACGUGAGCAGAGCUCCGCUCUCGCCAGGCCACAUGGCUGAACCGGGAGCUGCUCACAGUUCCGAGCUGGGACCAGAGACAGCAAAUUACCUACUCCGGGCCACUUGUUGCAUUCUGACUCUUCUCACUUCCAGAAAUCACCUUCAAAAACAAAAGAUUAUCAGAUCCCUCAAUUGCAGACUCUCCACUGGGUCCAGAGGGAAUACAGGAAAGGUGUCUCUGAACUUGGGAAUAGGACCCUCAUAUUUCUAGGUCCAAAGUCUACCCAGAAAGCAGCAAGUGGAUCUCCCUGGCUGUAGGCUCCAGUUGAUUGGCUGUCCUAGGUUCUGGCUCCCUCUUGAGAGUAGUUGCUGCCUUUUUUUUUUUUUUUCCCCCAGAUCAGGUUACCAAAAUGCCUCCCCUCUGCUGAGCUGCUGAUGCUUCCUCACCCAGACCUCCAGCCCCAGAUACCUGGAGCAUCUCAGAACCCAUUUUGCUGGUGCUAAAACACAUGAGGGGGUUAAAAUGGCUGCCAGUAAUGGCUGAAACCAACCAUCAGAGGCCAGGCUGAAAGACGAGCUCCAGGUGCCCAGUGGCCAACAGCCUUGCCCCAGUGCUGCCCAUCCACCUCUCAGCCCCACUAAUGGUCCCUCUUGAUGUGAACCUUUUCUAGGGAGAGGGAUACUGCACCUUCACCUGUAGGACUCAUAUUUAUAACAAUGUGUAAUGACUGUAGCAAAAAGCUCUUGUUUCUAGAUGUAAGUGGUCAAAGAAACAAGUGCUCUAUUGUAUUGAUUAAAAUAGUUCAAAUGAGUCCUGUAUCAUUGUAUCUCCUAUUCUGGAUUAGUGCCUUUUGGACAGUAGACUGUUCUGUAAUUAAAAAUGUAGUAUACUGCUUUUUUGUACAGUUUUGUUUUAAUAAAACUUUUUUUUAAUUUGUGUUUAUUUUAGUAUUGUACCUAUUAGAGAAUAAAA